CUAAAUAGCACGUGACUGCUACAUUUAUACACACACAAUGCCAUUAUCAAGGCGAGAUCUGUCUCUUUCUAACGCAUUAUGUAAGAAAAGGACAAGGAUACUAUGUCAAACGUAAACAGUAUUGUUCACCAGUUAAACAGAGACCUAUAUGAAUGCAAAUUUUAGACACGAAUUGAGCUUUGUUACAAAGAGAUAAGAUCUAACAGUUUAACAGCUGAUAAUUCACAAAUAACACGGGCUGUUGUUGAGUCAUUGCACUCUUCAUUUUGAGGUUAUUUGUCAGAAAUGUUAGAAAUACGAAAUUAUAGAGACAUUUUAUGAAUUGAGAUUUAUGUUAGAAACAGUGUGUAAGUGAAUGUUUUGUAAAAACAUUUUGUUUGAAGUGAAAAACAUCUAUUAUUCUUAACUCCAAUGGAUGCUGCGACAAAUUCUGAAGUAAAGAAAAGUAAAUUAGUCAUUGACAAUGACGCAGGGGGUGAUGACGCAAUGGCUAUAUUCCUCACCUUGUUAUAUGAGAAACACUUCGACGGGCCAAAGCUGGUGGGACUAACAACUGCAAACGGGAAUACACCAGAACACAACGUAUAUUUCAAUAACCAAAGAAUACUUAGAAUAGCUAACAGACAAGAUAUACCAAUCUUCAGAGGGUCUAAAUCCUCACUGGUGACGACCCCAGAUGCUGGCGCGUGGUUUGGAAAUGAUGGUCUCGGAGAUUCAGGUCUCAACUUUGAUGACCUGGUGCCAGCACAGGAGAAGAAUGCUGUAACAGCACUUUUAGAUCUGUCUAAAACUUAUAAAGGUGACUUGACUGUACUCACUAUCGGGACACUAACGAAUGUAGCGUUAGCUAUAAAAACAGACCCUGAAUUUCUAGAUCGAUUGGACCAUUUGUACGUGGCUGCAGGUCACAUUCAUGAUGAUGAAAACCCAGAUGCGGAGUUCAAUGCACACAUGGACGUGGAAGCUUAUCACAUAGUAGCCAAGAAUGCGAAUCCCGAUAAAGUCACUUUCUUGCCCUUCUCUCAAGUUAUGACGCAUUUGAAUAUUACCAGGGCAUGGAGAGAAGAAGUCUUUGGAGCAAUUGACACGGACAUCAUCAGGGCUAUGAACCAAUUCGAAAGGGUGUCGCUACCAAAGAGUGACAGAUGGCAUGCUUUAGACCCUGCAGCUGUGGCUGUGGUGGUCAAACCGAGUCUAGUCAGCGAAUAUCAGUAUUCCAAGCAUGAUAUACAUUUAUGUGGUCAAAAAAGAGGAUUGACGACAAACACUUUUGUGGACAAGGCAGAUGCAAACGCAAGGAUCGUGUAUUCAUACAAAGAAGACGAAUAUAAGAAAUUCUUGUUGGAUGUAUUUUCUAGAAAAUGAAGAUAAAUCUGACCUUAAACUUGCGUUUUAA